AUGUGCCCAUUGUAUAUAUGCAUGCACACCCAUGCAGGCCCGUUGGUGCUCUCUUUUGCACCACAUGCACCGCUGCCGUCCUGCCUGGCUGCAUGGGCGGAGCACCGUAACUGUUUCUGUUUUGUUUUUAUUGCAUUGAGUGGGCGACCUCUCUCUCUCUCUCCCUCUGUGUGUGUGUUUUGCUUUACGGGAGUAAUGAGAGUGUGUGCGCUGGUCGUCCCACGCCUCGGCUUCCCGUCACGUGUGUGUUUUGAAUCUCUGCUUGUGUUGUGGUUGAAUGGGCGUAUUUUCAUUAACCAUCAUUUUUUUUCUUGUGUGGUGACGUUUGCGUUUCAUUUUUAUUUUCAAUCAAUCAGUCUUUGUUGUCUCAUCAAGCCAAGAAAUACUUUUCCAACAGUCACGCCGAUGGUUCAGUGGCUCCUUGCCUCACCAUGCCCUGCAGCGCUGCCAUUGCUGCUCAUGAUGUUGAUUUUGAUGUGUUGUUCCAGCGGGUGCUUUGCUGCCAGCCUGACGUACCAUUGCUCCUUUGACAAAGCGAUGCGUGUCGACAGGACGAAAUCGAUGCCGGUGUUGAUGAAAAACGUGCCUUUGGUAACGGGAAGUACGUCGCAGACAUACACCGUCAUCGGGGGGAAUGGAUGGGCACCCAUCCGCAUCAAUGUGUCGACAAGGGACCUGGAUAAUACCAGAAAGUAUUGCAGCACAGAUCGUUCUUAUGUGAAAAAUUUAUUGACAGACUAUUGCGAGUGUGAGGGCAAUGCUCUUUCCGAUAAUAAGAGGAAAAUCCUCAUCCAAAAUGUUGUCCCUGCAGCUGUCAAACUGCAUGCGGAUCGUCUGCUCGUCCAGCCACUGGAGGGUCCGUUGGUUGUGCCCCAAUUUGCCACGGGCAGUGUUUGCAGUCGUUUCACUGUGCCUUCUGAGCAUCAUACCAAGGGCGUUGCCAAUUCUGACAUGGUGCUGUACGUGGCUGCAGCGCCGGGUGGUGUGUGGGCACUGCCGUGCGCCACGCUGGAGGAUGGCCGUCCAGUCGUUGGCGUCAUGAACAUUGCCCCGGCCGUUUUAUUUCACGGACGCCUCGCUACCCGCAUCGCCGCGCACCUGAUGGCCCAUGCUCUCGGGUUCGCCCACUCGCACAUGGCCAGCCGCAGCAUGGUGAGGAAUGUUACCGGUGUGCGUGGCAGGGAGCUGUCGGUGGUGGUGAACUCGACGAAUGCCGCGAUGGCUGCGAGGGAGCACUACAACUGCGACGACAUUUAUGGCAUGGAGCUACAAGAUCAAAAUGGGGACGGGACUACGCUGGAGUCGCACUGGUCGCAGCGCCACGCGAAGGAUGAGUUGAUGGCACCGAUUGGGGGCGCCGGCUACUACACGGAGCUGACGCUGGCUGCAUUUGCUGACCUGGGCUACUUCAAGGUGAACUGGGAUAUGGCGGAGCCGAUGGGUUGGGGCAAGAAUUCGGGCUGUGAGCUGCUGCAGAAGAGGUGCUCCGAACUGAACCUGAGUAAAUAUUCCCAAAUGUUCUGCAACAGAGACGAGGUUGUCGAACGCUGCGCGUCGGAUCGGUAUUCCAGUGGUUGGUGUCAUCGGAGUAUCAUUGAAUUUUCAAAACAGCCCCCGAUGGACAGCUGCCCCAUCAUUGAUCCCGCGAUGGACGUGAGGGACCUUGAGGCAGUUUUUGAGAAGGGAGAAUAUUUGUCUGCGAGGCCCGGGGAUAAGCCCUCUUCGUGGUGUCUGGACACGCUUCCCACCAACACGACAGAUGCAAGGUACCCGGAGGAGACGUAUCUGAGUGCUGCCAUGCAUGCGGAACUGAAGUGUCUUGGCAUGCAGGUGCAUCUGAAAGUGACUGAAAAGCGCGGCAUCAGUUGGCUCCCAUGCACGGACGGGGCGACGAUUACAUGGGGCACACCACCCUACGAUAAGGAAAACGUCAUUUGCCCUGACUACGCGGAGGUGUGCACGAUAUCCGCCACCGGCGGCAGUGUCAUUCCCGUGGUUUCAUGGGACGACGAGGAGAGGGUGUGGGACAGGAAGGUACGCCCGGAAUUCUUGAAACAAAGUUCACCAGAGGCGCCCGUCCCUGUUGCAGGAGCAGGUGAAUUUGGAAAAAAGCACGGCGAGGAUUUCUUCACUACGGAAGUGGAAAGCUCGAUGGGGGAGGAAGAACAAUCCGCGCCGGAGGAGGGAGCAAACCCAGCAACCCUGCAGUCAAGGGAGAACACUGAAGAUGGGGAUGCGCAGCCAGUACAAGAAAGCAUGGCGUCUCUGGCUGGAAGUGAGGGACUGCUGCCCAAGGAAAGCGAGGGCCCUGUUCCAGAAAAUAACCACUCCGAAUCCGGGAGCGGCGCGAGCCAAGAGGACCGCCUCGCUCCGCUCAACGACGCGAAACCGAUACUGCGUGAUUUGAAUGUCGACAGCACUGCGCGUGUGUGCGUGUCUCGGGUGUCGAUGCUUCUUCUUCUGGGACUAUGUGGAGCUGUGGCAGCAUUGUGA